AUGAACUAAUUCUAAGAACUAUUGGUUGAAAAGGACAAUGAAAUAAUGAAUUUAAAAUAACAAAUAGAGGAAUAAAGCGACAUUAUAUAGAAUCAUUUAAAAAAAGUGAAAUCAUUGGAAAACGAAAGUAAAUUACUUAAACUCCAAUUCUCUAAAGCUGUUGAAAACUAAAAACAAUUACAGAAAUAAAAAACUGAAGUAAAUUCUGAGUAUAAAAAUUAUAAAGAUGAUUCAAGUUAAAAGUUGAAAUCCCUCAGUUAAGAAAUAGUUGAUCUCAAGUAAAAACAGAAUAUACACAGCUCUCGAGAUUAUACCUCUGAAGUCGAACAACUCAAUUAACAAUUAUCCAAACUCAAGGCUGAAAAAGAAGAGAAAGAAAGAGAAAAUGGAUAGAAUCAAUUAAAAUUACAGGAAAUAAAAUAAAAGUACAAAGAUCUAAAGCAAUCUUACUAAGAACUAUCUGACUAAUACUAGAGAGAUGAAUUAAUGAAUAAAUAAAUUGUUCAAUCCCUAUAAACACAAAAAGAGGAUUACGAAAAUAGAAAUUCAGAACAAUAAAUACUUGUCCAAUUAGAUCUGGCAUCUUAAUAAGAAUUAGAAACCCAACAGCAAUUGAUUAAGCAAUUGGAGAAUGAUUUAUAACAAGCAUAAAUCGCAUACAAGUAAUAGGAAGUUAAAUUGUUAAAUUAUGAGGAUGAAAUAAACAAUCUAAAGAAUUAAAUCAAAAGACUUGAGUAGGAACACACAGAAUAGCUUCAUAUUUUGGAUAACACAAUACAAAGUAAGGAUUAAAUAAUCUAAUAAUAUGAAAGUAAUAGUAGGAUAUUGAAUGACACUCCUGAAUAGCUCAGAAGCAAAAGUGUAGAAUAGACAACUAUCUAAGGCCAUUUAAAAUCAUAGAUUGAUUCUUUGAAUAAGAGUUUAUCUAAUUUUGAAUAAUAGAUAAGAGAUUUAACAAAGGCAAACAACGACUAAUUGGAUUAAAUUACUAGUAAGGAUAAGAUGUUAAAAAAUAAGAGUCAGGAAAUAACUCAAUUGCAAUAAUAGGUUAAGGAUUUCUAGGGGUUAAAUCAAAAAAUAUAAGUUCAGGAAAGGGCAAUCCAUCAUCACGAGAAACAAGUAUCUACUCUUAAUUAGACAAUAUCAAAAUUAUAGGAGUCUUUGAAUUUCAAGGAUUAAAUCAUAUAAGGGAAGCAACAUGAAAUAGAAAUGUUAUAGAAUUAAAAGAAAGAUCAUAUUUAAUAGUAAAAGCAGUAAAGUCUUUUAUUUGAAUAAUAACAUCAAAAAUUGAGACUCGAAAAUUCAGAAUUGUCGAAUAAAUUCAAGAAAUUAGAAGAAUAAAUGAUGUUAAAAUAAAAGGAUGAAAUAGCCAUUACUGAUUAACAAGGAAUUUAUUAAAAUCAAAUCUAAUAAUUGGAAUUGUCGAUAAGAAAAAUGAAGUAAGAUUUUGAGGAUGAAAAAAAGUAAUAAGUUGAUAAAAUACAACGAUUGACAUUAGAAUUAGAGGAAACUGAGAAAUUGUAAAUUUUGUUGAAUCAAAAAUAAAUAUUGCUUGAAAAUUCUUAAAAUAGAGUAAAUGAUGUAGAAUCUGAAUUAAGUUCUGCCCAAGAUUUAAUAUAAUAAUUGGAGUCCAGAAUUUCAGAGUUGCAAAGAGAAAUCUAAACAGAAAGAUCGAACUUUUUAAAGGAAAAUCAAUUAAAAAUUGAAGAGCUUAACUCACAACAUUAAGAAAAUGAAGAGCUCAUGACAAUAAAUUAAGACCUGACUUAAAAGAAUAUUUAACUAUCAGAAUAAAUAGAAAAAUUAUCAUAAAAUUAAAGUGAUAAUUAAUUACGUCUUCAAUAAGAAAUUGAAGUUCUUAAAACAACAGAAAAUCACAAUAGAGAAAAUCUAAAGAGACAAGAAGUAUAAAUUUAGGAAUUGAAUUCUUAAAUAUAAUAAUAAAUUUAAUCAUAGGAUCUAGACAAUAAAGAGAAAAUCAAAUUAUCAUAAUUGCUGAAUGAAUAGUUGAAUUCAAUAACAGAUUUGAAUAAACAAUUAGCAAUUACUAAUAUCAAAAAUGAUUAGCAACUUGAAGAAACUAAGGCAUAAUUUAGUUCAGAAUUGGUUGUAAGAGAAACAGAACUUAUCAAAAAUGUGAUUUAGUAAUCUUCAGAAACUUAGAAAUUACUGACUUAGAUCGGUAACUUAAUAGAAUAAUCAGACAAAUUCAAAUAAACAAUUGAAAAACUGGAGUUGAAACUUGGUGAAUAAGAAUUAAAAUAUUAAAUUCUGUCUGAACAAUAAAAGGCUUAGGAUACAUAAUCAUUACAACAAUUUUAGAAUUAGAUUGAAGAAUUACAGUAAUUGACUUAGUAACAAGAAUUCAAAAUAUCGAAUUUAUCAAAUGAACUUAAUGAAAAAUCAUUAGAUUUGCAGACUUAGCAACUACAUAAUUAAAUUAAAGAAUAAGAUCUAAAUAAUUAGCAAUUGUAGAUAAAUAAUUUGAAUAAGUCGAUAGCAAAUUUGGAAAAUUUGAAUAAUGAAUUAAAAUAAUAGAUUUAGAGUUUAGAUUAAAGAGUGUAAAAUGAUUAGUGUUAAAUAUAGAAUUUAGAAUAAAUAAUAAAUGAAUAAGAGUAAAAGAAGUAGAUACAAGAAACAAAAAUUAAUGAAAUGUAAUCAUAAUUGAAUAAAGAAUAGGAAAGAUGUUCCAAAUUAAGAGAUGAUUUGAUAGAAAGAUCCAAUCAAAUUGAUCAAUAAGUGAACGAAAUUAAAUAAAUGAAAAUUGAAAAUAAUCGUUUAAAUGAUCUCAAACUUGAAUUAGAGAAGAAUUUAGAGGCAAAAGAUGUUAUAAUAACAAAUAAUACUGAUAUUAUAAAUGAUUUAGAUUAAACAAUUAAAAAAAAAAAUUUAGAAUUAAGUGAAAAGGAAAAUAAGCUUUUGUAACAAAAUAAAGAGAUGGAAAAAAUAAACAAUAAGAUACAAUAAAUACAAUCAUAAAAUACUAUGCUUGAGAGUCAAAUUCAAGAAAAGACAUAGAGUGUUUAGUAAAUUUCACAAGAAUUAAGUACUUUGCAACAUUCAUACCACGAAUUAGAGUAAAAUAAUAAGAAAUUAUAAUUGUAAAUCAAUCAAGAUGCACAAAAUUAUAGUUAAUUAAAUCAGAAAAAUCAUGAAUAGUAAGAGAGAAUAACCACUUUAAAUAACGAGAUAUUAGAAUUGAAAAAAAAUAAUAAAGAAUUAGUUGAAAACCAAGUUUAAAUCACAAAUAAAAAUGAAGCAGAUUAAGCUUAAAAUAAACUAAUAGCUUCUUUAUAAGAGUAGAUAAAUCAUUUAGAAUAAAAGAUUUAGCAACUAGAAAGUGAUCUGAAGGUGAAGGAAGAUUAAAUAACACAUUCUAUAUAAGAAAGUUAAGCAUAAGAACAAAAAUUAUUGUAAUAGAAUAAUUAACUGAGUUAAGAUCAUGAUGAGUUGAUGGCAUUAUAAAAGACAGACUAUGAGAAGAUUAAAGAACAGAAUAAUCAAUUAUCCUUAUAGGCUAAUUCUUAAUAGUUAGAGAUAUAACAAUUAAAAUUAGAAUUAUAAUAGGAAAUUGAAAGUAAAUCUUAGCUGAAUACUUAAAAAAUAGAGCUUGACAAUAGGGUAGUUCUUUUGAAUGAAAAUUUAGCAUAAAAAGAAUAAUAACAAUAGCAAUUAGAUUAAUAAUUAAAGGACUCAGAAGCUCUGUUAUAAAAAGAACAGAAAAGGUUGAAUAGUUAGAUUGAGAAUUUAAAUUCAUAAAUUUCAGCUUUGAGGAAGUAACUUGAGUAAUAGAAAGAAGCCUUAAGUUAGAAAGAGAUAGAUAUAGCUGGUUAUAGUAAGAGGGAAAAUGAAGCCAUGAAAUUGUUUGCAGAUAAAGAUGGUGAAAUUUUAGCAUUAUAAAAUGAAAUUGAAGCCUUAAAAGACUAGGAGAACAGUGUUUAGAGUCGGAAGGAUAAUGAAGGGAUUAAAUAAUUAUCUUAGAAGGAUCUGGAGAUUUAAAAUUUAAAAAGUGAACUUGAAAAUAUGAGGAAAAAUUCCAUAAGAGAAAAUGAGUAACUCAAAUUAAUUGAAGAAAAAAAUGAAGAAAUAUAAUAGUUAAAGAGCUAAAAUUCUGUAUUAACGAAUGCAGUUGAAACUAAAUAGGUUGAGAUUACUAAAUUGUAGACUGAUUCAAAUCAAAGUUAAUCCAUAUUAAAUGAAAUAAAGGCAUUAUUCAAUUAAGAUAAUAUACUAGACUAUUUAAGAUAAUUUAAAUCUCAACAUGAGAAACAAUGUGAGAGAAAGUUUACUUAUUACUAAUGUUUACAGUCUUUAAUGGAUGAGUAUCUAAGAAAUUAAUAGGCUGUAUUUUAUGCUUAGAAUUAUCUUAAAUUAUCCUAAUAGGAGCAGAACAGUUUGUUGGCAUACCAAAAGGAUAUUUAGUUAAUGAAGGCGAAGUUGCCAAUCAAAACAGCUUUGAGUAAUAUCAAGGAAGAGAAAAAUGAAGAUUUAAGUUUUUCAUCGAAUGAACAUCAGUUAGAAAUCAAUGAGAAUGAUAUCAGUGGGUUUAUUGGUGACAUUGAUAUCUCGGCCAUUGUCAAUAAUGACAAAAAUAAGAAAGAAAAUUCAACUUCAAAUAAGUAAUAACUUUCACAUACUGAAGAAGUUAAUAUUUUGAAAUCGAAAUUAGAGGCAGCCAAUGAUGAAAAUGUGAAAAUUAUUGCUAAAUUUUAAACUUUGUUAGAAAGAAUAGCCGCAAAGGAAGAAUAAAUGCUGCAAUUAAAUAAUUUGGCCAGAGAUUAUAAACAUAAGAUGAUGGCUAUGCAAAAGACAUCUGUUGAUCCUCAAGCUGUUCAUGCUAAAGCUCAUUUACGAGAUUGUUUGAAGAAGUUUCUUACAGCUUGUGGACCCAAAAACCUAAAUUAUGAUUUAGCAGAGGCUAUACUAAAUACAUUGUUUUAAUUUUUGGAAUUCUCAGAAAAAGAAAAGGAAGAAAUUCUGGAUGAAUUAGCAGUAAAACCUGCUGAUAAAAAGAAGGGGAUUGUUUAGAUAUUGUUUAAGAAAUGA